AUGUGGCCAGAAUUAAAAAUCGUACACGGUAAGCCCCGACACUCUCAAUCACAAGGGUCUGUUGAAAGGGCUAACCAAGAUAUAGAGAAGAUGCUUUGUACUUGGCUGGAAUCUAACAAAACGACAAAAUGGUCUGAAGGAUUACGUUUUAUUCAAUUUAUGAAGAACAAAGCGUAUCACGCAGGGAUAAAUCGUAACCCUUACGAAGCAAUGUUUGGCUGUCUUCCUAAAGAGGUGCUAGUUGAACUAUCAACAGAAGAAGAGCUAGAAUCUAUAUUAAAUGAAGACGAAAACCAGUUGCAUGAGAGGGAAGCCGAGCCCAAUAUUACCGACCCUGUGAUUAACGAAGAGGAAGAAAUCGAAAGCUAUACUAUAAUUUCAAACGGUGAUUUGCAAAAUGAAAUUGUAGAUAAGCUAACAGGAAAACCUAAUAAGGAGACCGACAACCAAGACAAUACUACAGGUCUCUCAAAUAUAACGCAAAGUGAUGAAGAAUUAGUAAUUUCUCUGGAUAAAAAGAAACAAGAUAUUAGAGACAUCAGAAAAUUGGUUGGACAAUCACUGAAGAAGCAAGCAGAUAAAAUAUUAGCUCUAUCUUCGGUAAAAUAUCCUGCUGCUAGUACGGGUGAUAAUGUAGUGGUAAAAAUUCCUGAUGUAGAUCGCGCCAAAGCCGAUGAUAGAAACAUUAUGGCUGUUAUAAUUUCUCAGGAGACAGAAGGAAUGUAUAAAUUAGGAACUAAGCAUGGGAUUCUAAAACAACUUUACGCAAGAAAUCAGUUCACUGUCUGCAAAGAAACGUUUAUUACAAUUGAUAUCGUUCCCCAACACGAAGUUAACAUCAGACAAUGUGCAAAAAAAGAGUCACAUCUUGGCGGCCAAGGGUUUCAGCAUUGUAACUGUACUGGAGAAUGCGUUCCUAAUAGGUGUAAAUGUAAAAAGUCAAGCCUCAUGUGUAACUCAAAAUGUCACAAGAGCCUUACUUGUAGGAAUAAAUAA